GUGCUGUCACUGACUAGUCACUGUGACAGCUCCCAUUCAGCUAGCUAACCCAGUAGAUCUACUAGAUCUACAGCCAAGGCGACACUUGCUUAUUUUUUGUAGUGUUAGUUUUGUAGUUUGUACAGUACAGAUCAAGCUGUCCAAGUCAUCCAACUCCAACAAAACAUCUGAUUUUCUAUAAUAACUACAUAAUCAUUGCUGGUGUGACCGGCGUUAGCUUUCAAAGUUAUCAAACCGGGCUCGUCAGUUACACUCGCUAACCUUGAACAAUGGCUGCAGAACUGAAGCCAACGAGCUGGAAGCUGACUGGAAACCCAGAGACGCCCAGAGAGGAUCCUCACUGGAUAAAACGGACCGCAGCCCGGGCUCAUCUACGAGCGGCUGGCUUCAAGGAGGAAGACUUCAAGAAGCCUGUGUUCACCAUAGUCAACCCUUACAGCAAUGCACUACCAUGCAACAAUCACUUCCAUGAACUGGCAGACAUCGUUGUGAAAGAACUUGAGAAGCUCGGCGGGAAAGGAUUUCUUUGCAACACCCCGGUUGUCAGUGAUGGUGAGACAAUGGGCUCCAAUGGUAUGAAGUACUCGCUGAUAUCACGUGACCUGAUUGCCGACUGCGGUGAACUCAUGCACCAAGCAUAUGCUGCAGACAGCAUCAUUGCUCUGGGAGGAUGUGAUAAAACAGUGCCUGGUGUUCUCAUGCCGCUGGCAAGGUUGAACACGCCUGGUAUCAGUCUGUAUGGUGGCACCAUCUUGCCUGGCAAGUGUGAUGGACAUGAGCAUCUAGAUGCAUGCUCUGUCAUGGAGGCCAUAGGAUCGUACGGUGCCGGCAUCAUGGACAUUGAGGAGCUGCACAAGAUCGAGUGUGGAUCCUUGCCAGGCUCUGGCGCCUGUGGUGGUAUGUACACGGCCAACACCAUGUCGUCGGCUGUGGAAGCUCUCGGAAUGGCGCUGCCUGGCACAGCUUCAUCUCCUGCAGUCACACCAGGCAAUGUGGUGACGGAAAAGAAGAAGGAGCAAUGUCGUCAGGUGGCUGCCAUGGCAAUGGAGAACCUCAAGGCCGGUGUCAAGACCCGCGAUAUCAUGACAAAGAAGGCAUUUGAGAAUGCGGUCACCGUCCUGUAUGCUCUCGGCGGAUCAACGAAUGGAGUGCUGCACUUGCUUGCACUAGCUCAUGAAGCUGAUGUUGAUUUUAAGAUUGAAGAGUUCAACACCAUCGGCAGCCGUACUCCUCUGCUGUCCAACCUGCAGCCUCAUGGCAAGUACCACAUGAAGGACCUUGAUGACAUCGGUGGCUUGCCGGUUGUGAUGCGUGAGCUGCUGGAGGCUGGCUUGAUCCAUGGUGACUGUAUGACAGUGAACGGGAAGACUAUGGCAGAGAACGUGCGCAAUGCUCCCAGACUGGCAGACCUCAAGCAGGAUGUGAUCAAUCCGAUAAGCAAACCGUUUGCCCCGGCUGGCCGUCACAUCAUCAUCUUGAAGGGAAGCCUUGCACCAGACAGUGCUGUGCUGAAGAUCAGUGGAAAGCAGAUCGAGCACUUCACCGGGAAGGCGGUGGUGUUUGACGGAGAGCAGAAGGCGUUCGAUGCCAUCAUGCAGGGGCAGCUGAAGCCCGGCCAUGUGUUGGUGAUACGCUACGAGGGUCCGAAAGGAAGUCCCGGCAUGCCCGAAAUGCUGAGUCCGGGUGCAGCGCUGGUCGGUGCUGGUCUUGGUAACUCGGUGGCGCUAGUCACCGAUGGCCGCUUCAGCGGUGCUUCACACGGUAUCAUGCUUGGUCACAUUACGCCGGAGGCACGUGACGGCGGCCCCAUCGCACUGGUGCAGGACGGCGAUGAGAUCCACAUCGACGUGCUCAAGAAGACGGUUGACUUGGUCGUACCCGAGUCCGUGCUGGCCGAGCGGCGCGCGCAAUGGCAAGCACCGGCGGACAACCUCCGCGGCCUGCUGGCCAAGUACCGGCGUAACGUGUCCAGCGCUCACCGAGGUGCCACCACGUACUGAACAACGGUUUGAUCUCCCGCAGAAGGUUGUGUGUGCUGUAUAGAGAUCGACGUGUACGUUUUGACAGUUUA